AUGCGUUUCUCUCUUUCUCUUAUCGGCCUUGUUGCCUCGGGGUCCCUUGCGGCCGCCCAUCCAUCUCACUGUGGUGCUGAGCCGUCUGAGGACUUUGACAUUUUGUCCAAAGAUAUCACGGACAAGCUGGCAGCGGAGGCUUCCGAGAUCCACGCACCCAUCGAGGUCACCACCUUCUUCCAUGUUGUUGCUUCUAGCAAGUCUGUAGCCGAUGGCUACAUCUCGGAUAAAAUGCUCCAGGACCAGCUUGCGGUUAUGAACAAGGCCUACGCACCGCAUGGUUUCAGUUUCAAGCACGGAAACACUACCAGAACCAUCAACCCUACUUGGGCCACCGGCGGUGAUGAACUUAACAUGAAAUAUGCUCUCCACAUGGGGAAGUACGCUGACCUCAACCUGUACUUCGUCAAGAAACUCGCAGACAACUCUCACGGGAGUUGCCCGUAUCCUUCGAACCCCUAUCCUGGCACUCCUGGAUAUAUCAAAGAUGGCUGCACUAUCUUGUCCUCGACUGUUCCUGGUGGAAGUCAGUCAAACGCCAACCGUGGCCUGACAACUGUCCAUGAGAUUGGCCACUACAUGGGUCUAUACCACACGUUUCAGGGCGGAUGCAGUACCGAACUCGGCGAUCGCGUUGCCGAUACUCCAGCCCAGAAGAACGGGACUGUUGGCUGUCCAUCCAGCCGCGACUCAUGCCCUGACCAGGCAGGGCUGGACCCAAUCCAUAAUUACAUGGAUACCUCCGAUGACGUGUGCCGUACCGAGUUCACCCCGAAGCAGGCAAUGCGUAUGCAAGAGAUGUACAAGGAAUUCCGAGCUGGAAAGUGA